AUGGCUACACCUCAGAGGAAUGACAAAGAAUAUGGCCGCCCAGUGGCAGGAUCUAAAACCGAGACUCGUGGCAGAUUUGCAGGGGCUCAUAUCAGCCAAGAAGUGAAGCAGUUGUGCCAAAUUAUUCUCCAGAUGGGUGAGGAACAACCAGAUGGAACUUCUACUGUCACAUUUCGACGCUUGUUUGACAGGUAUACCAGAAUAUCCAACAAAGUAGUAGGAAUGUUACUCAGGGCUCGGAAGCAGAAUUUGGUUCACUUUGAAGGGGAAAUGCUUUUCCAAAGAAGAGAUGAUGAUGUUAUUAUUACUUUACUGCACAUGCCUGAAGAAUUGGAAAAUGACCCAGAAGAAUAUUGGAACAUCCGUGCCAGAUAAUGAAAUCAUUUUGUUGGAAGAUUUGUGGCACUUGAAUAAUGUUUCAACACAGUAGAUCAUACAGUUUGCUAAAUCCUUACACAAUCCUGUAGACAUGGUCUAAGCUCUCUCUUCAUUUUAUGAAAUCAGUGGACUUCACACUACUGUUCUUAGCAAUGGUUUUACAGCGGACACAAAAUUUUACAGUGGACAUAAAUCAAGUCCUUUUAAUAAUACGAAACAAUAGUUAUGUACGCUGGCAUAAAUAUGUUUUGGGCCAGACUCGGAGUCAUUUUAGCCCCAGACACUCGGCUUUCAGGAUUAAAAUGACUCAGAGAAGGGCACGAAACAUAUUUAUGACAACAAAACAGUUUGAACAAGUAUUUAAGACAAGUAUUUUCACUCCUUUGAAGAAUCAUCAAUGGUUUUUUUAGUACGUACACUAUAAUCGGUCAGUUUAGCCAGCCGUAUUUCAAUGUACGGCCCGCUAAAUUCAAAAGAUUACUUGAAUUUAAAUAUUCCUCCGCUAUUUGAAUAAAAUAAAUAUUUUACUAAGCUCGUUUUCUCGGUCAGUAACGGAACCUUGUUUUUUUCUGCUGCGAUUUAUUGGCCCGCCUGCUGCGCGCUUGGGUCCUUAAAAUCUGUCUAUCCGCAACGUGGACAAACUAAUAUGUGCUCGUCUAGCGAGUUGCUUGUUGCUGGAUUGUUAAGGGUAAUUUAAAUUACAACGGGUACCAACAGACUAACAAAGCACGCAGCUUCCAGACUGCGCCGGUCCCAACUUGCACGUGAAGUUCCCUUUUGACUUUUUCUUUCCUCAGUUUUCUCUUCUCUAGUUUACCCCAAAGAGAUCUUUAGCCAUCAAAACUUCAAUAGUUAUCGGAAGAAUUCAGUAUCUUUCCUAGCGUCAAGUCAAACCUUCUGACUGAAAUAGUGCAGUGUAUAGAAAUAUUGGCCUGUUGGAGUGUCACAGUUUGCUGGCGCUUAUCUUGGCCAAGCCACCAGAAAAAGUACGAACCACGCGCUGUACGAGAUCUGGGAUUUCUUCAUUUAUACGCGUGGCUGACAUAAUAAUCGAAAGAUGUUUGUAAACUAUGAUGGCCGCCGUUAAAAAACAUUGAGGUGAGUGAUUUAAUCUGUAAUUAUAUCAACCAGUUUCUCAGCAACACUUCUAGGACUAACAAUAAUAACUCGUAGGAAGCAAAAUAUUCGUCGAAUACCUAUAGAAGUUGAAAUUGAAAAAUCAACAAAAUCGAUUUCAGGAGUGGCUUUGUUCCCGAAUAGAACUGAAAGCGAGCAAGAUUAUCAUUUUGUUAGCUUCACCGUCGCUCGAUCUGAAAUCUUUAGCUGUUUUUUGCGAAGAAGAAAUCACUCCAAGAUCAAGAGAGAAGCUGGAAUAAAUGCAAAUUGAAGACGGUGAUUCAGGAUAAAACACAAAGAUUUUUUCCGCGUGUCUGUUCGGUAAUGGUGGAUUACAGAUGACGUAAAAACGUUGAUAGUGAUUCUAAAUCGAUAGAUGAACAGUUAAAGAAAGUGGCUGUAGGCUCGAGAUAAUAUUCGUACCAGGUGGUUGAAACUUUCUACAAAUUAAUAUUCCUCUAUAUUGGAUUAAAAUAGACUCUUUAAAUGCAUAUUUGUUUUCGUUAAAAAUGUCAUUAUGGUGAUCAAUUACUUCGCAAGUAUAAAUUAAUAGUCUGAAAUUUCCAUCAUUUUAUUUUUAUGUUAUACACUUAGUCAUAAGAAGUCGUCCAACUGCAAACUGCAUUGUAACCACGUAGCCAAUUUCUAUCUAUAUCAGAACAGACAUAUUGUGAUAAGGUAGGGUCGAUUUGUUUUGUUCAGUGACAAAGACUGAAAAAAGAGGAAAAAUUACAAAUGGCUUGGUAAGGCUUGACUGUUCGGGCUGUAGCCCUGUUGAGGUAUUUUGAAGAUGCUAAGAAUUCGGUUCGUUGUUUCUCGUCACUGCCGGUUAAACUCAUCAUCAAUAGAUGAACCACUCACAGAACGAAAAUAAAGCAAUUACUUUCGACACUUAGUUAAAAAUUGUCCUAUUCAGGUAUAAUUAACUAUUUGUCACUAAUACUUGCGCAUAACGUAAAAACGUUGAACUGGCGCAGAAAAGAGCGCAGAAAACCAAAUUAGAAGGUAAAACAAAACAGAACAUUUGAAUUUUCACUGUUCAGUUUUUGGGGGUUGUGCUUCAUCCCAGUAUCACAUUUGUACUUUAUUUUUGUUAUUUUUCUCCUUGCGCAGAAUGUUUCUCGAUCGAUAUUAUCGUCGUCGUCGCUGGAUUGUGGGUGGUACUUUGGUGUCUAUUGCUGUCAUAACGAUGAUGCUAGUCCCUCCCCCUAGGGCGGUGAGUGUCAAAACCUCUAACAUUACGUGUCGACGAGUUUCUUUUUCUAACGAACAUUUAGGUACUUUCUUGAUAGUGUUCUGCAUUUUGAUAAAAUACUUUCAAUCAGAGCCAUUUGUAAACUUUCAAAAAGUUAGAGUGAGCGGCUUAGUAUUGAGCUCAAACCCCUUAAAGCAGUUAGCUGCGUAGUGAACUAAAUAUAUCUGUAGAGAAUAAAGCCACUGUAAAAAUAUGCACGAGUAUAUUGACUGGAAUAUGGUGGAAUGGUAGGUCGUGAUACUCCGGGCAAGAAACAUGAUUUUUCAAUGAGACGAAAUAUCUGAAAGCUCCAAAAACAACCAUUGAGGGGCACAUUAGUGAGAUAUAUUAUUAGACUUAGAAAGUUCAAUUCUUAAGUUGUCACUAAAUAUAGUCGGUAAAUUCCUGUAAACCGUUUUUUGACGCCCUCUGCAGAUCCCUCUGUUUUUCACUGAGAAUGUAACCCAGACGAGAAGAGAAACCGAUGAAGUUACAGGUAACAAAAAGAGAAUUCUAACGUAUAAAACUGCAUUGAGUGCAUUAUGGUUCAUUCACUUAUUCAGUCAUAUGCCUCUAACACACUCUAAAUGUAUUUUAAAAGGACUCAAGAAAGCAGAAACAGAAUCUAUACAAAACCCAAGCUUCACUCUCAAGGAACCACAGAUGUUAAGCACUCCACCGCCCACACCGAGCAUAUUUACUUACGUAGAAGAACCUCCCGUUGAAAACGAAAUGAAGAGGUUCAUGACGGCGCUUUCAACGCAGGGGGCUGUUUGCUCUGACGUACGUCGAAUAGGAGGCUUACCGCAAGGUCCUCACGGAGCCCCUCGUCCGCUUGGCCCUGAUGGGAUGUGGUAUGUUUGUUUUGACGAGGAGGUUCAUUUAGAGUCCGGGUCUUGUAUCGUUUACUCCUUUGGGUAAGUUACUGAGGUAUUUACCAUUGGUCGAAUGUGAUAAUCUGGCUAGACUGUGACGGUCAUGACAAAAUUGGAUGGGUAUUUUCCAGAAAGUUUCUUUGGUGAUACAAAAUUUCAUUUGAACAGAGGAUACAGUUUAUCAGUUGAUUAUCUGAUUUAGACGUCGGUUUAAAUGAUAACGUUAUAGAAUUCGUCCUGUAUGAUAAGAACAGAUUAACAUGCCAUUGGGUUCUAGAUAGCUGAUGGUAAAUACAUUAAGAGAUUCUUGCUGUGGUCUUGACAUUCGCCUAUUGAACAAAUAUGGCCGGGCCGCGUUUGUUCAAAAAGGGAUUAACAGGAUGAGACGAUCUGCGGUGGCCAUUAGUUAUUUACAUGGUUGACGCGAAAUAAUUGUCUUUCAAUUAGACAGCCAAUGCCUAAUGUGUUUCACUAGCCUCGUACCUUCACUGCCAGUUUGAAAUUUUCCAGAACUACAUUGGUUUCAGCUCACUACAUGAGGGUCUCCAUGAGGUUAACCGUAAGCCGUAAAACGGUAAAAAAAAUGUAGCCGUCAGGCGUAAAAAAUUAAAAAAUUUUAACUGUUAGUCGUAAAAAAAAGUUAACCGUAAAAACUUUCAAGUGAUCACAAUGGAAAGAUAUUAACUGUUAGCCGUAAAUUGGCCAAAUUUUAAAUUUUACCUAUCGACGUAAAAGCCAUCACCCCAUUGAGACCUUCCUGUAUGCGGUCCGUGAUUGGCCAUCCUUUCAACCAAAACAAAAGCAAUGUGAUGGCGACACGGAAAUUCGUUUUUCUCCGCACUUUGAAUAGAUCUAACAGCUGAGAUUCCCGUGUUCGAAUCUCUUCGAAGCUCAUGUUGUUUCGCAGUUCCUUUUGCAGUAGCUUAGGCCCUCAUUCGACAUUCCAUAUUGUUGUCCAUACAGUUUGUUUGUUUUUUCUUUGACAUCUCCCUGGCUCCUUAUUUCAUUUCCUAUUUUCUUAUUAGCUGUUCUGACUACCUGCCUUUUUUCGACGGUGAUCAGUGAGAUGACCUCAACGGUUCGAGCUUGCCUUCAGGAAACAAUCAAAGCAAGAUUAAAUUUACGCUUGCAUGUUGCUACAUUUUCUUUAAACUUUUAAAACACUUUAAAACUUUCAAUUUCAAAAGAAUUAAGAUAUUUACUUGCUGCUGAUUCCUUAUAGAACAGGGGAUGACUUUUCCUUUGAUGAAAAAAUGGUCAAACAUGGCUGCAGGGUGUUUGCUUUUGAUCCUUCUAUGGGAAAAGAAGACCAUAACCAUAGUGCUGGCGUAAUGUUCUAUAACCUAGCCCUGUCAGACGAGAAUCUCGAAGGACAAAAGGAUCCUCCCCCUAUUAAUCCAUUUGACAGGAAUGGAUGGAAGACAAGAACGCUAAACGCCAUUUUACAGGAACUAGGUCAUGAUAAGGUAUUAUAUUUGUUUAAAUUCCUGCUGAGAUAGCAUAGACUUUGAAGAUUCUGUUGUUAUUAAGGCUACAAACAUAAAAAAGGUGGGUGGGUCGGUGAAAAUUUAAUCCUCUUUCGUUUCAACGUCUAUCCUCAUUUCAGUUUACUUGUCUGCAAGUUUCAAAGGCAGUGUGAAAAGUCAGCUGUCCAACUAUCUAAAUUUCAACUGAAGCCGGAUAACUUGUUCACUUCAUAUUUUCCUUGAUUUUGAUUGGUUAUUAUUGGUAGGGUAAUUCAUAGUCAUUGGCUAGUGGGAUUUGAUGUAUUAUUUCUAUUGGCCAGUUUACCGUUCAAUUUGACCAGUCCUCGGAGUACACGUAUCUUGCAUGUAAUUGGGAAAGCCAGAUCCGACGGUUACGUACCGCACCAGUCAAUUAACCGCCCAACAAAUAAAGAUUUGUGCAUUUUGUUAUUUACAUAAUGAUAAGAAAUACUGCGAAAUACAGUCCAAGCUGGCGAGGUAAUAGCCAUUCGUUAUCAAACCUUCCUAUUCUUCGACACUUUUUACUGUCCCUAGAGAGAAAUUGACAUUCUAAAGAUGGACAUUGAAUCUGAUGAGUGGAAGUGCUUACGUCAUAUGCUUAGCCAAGGCACUUUGUUGCGUCACGUGAGACAGCUCGACGUAGAAUAUCAUGUGAUCAUGCUAACACCAGAAGCGCUGAGGCAGUACUACAGUAUAGCGAAGUGGCUUGAGAGACAAGGAUUCAGAAUUUUCCAUUCAAGAAGAAAUCCUUACUGCCAGGAGUGCUGGGAAAUGUCAUAUAUUAACUCUAACCUAGUCAAGUUGACAUUAAAUUGAUUUUUUGAAAAAGUUCGGAAUCGUGUUGAUUAAGGCUUCUUUAGCCAUCGUUCACCGUCGUUGGAGUGGUGGCUUAUUUGAUAAUGGUAAUGUAGUCCAAUUCGG